AUGGAAAUAAAUUACGAAUUCCGUUAUCGUUAUCAGAUCAAGGGCGAUGCCGAAAAAAGUGUGGUACAAUUCACUUUAUCUACUCCAUCUGGUAUACGAAAAUACACUUAUAUUGAUACGUACUAUUUAAUGUGUCGAGUCUGCUGCGAGAUCGCCGCAAGUGGUCACCAGUCUACUCCCCCGUCAUUGGCAAAAUUGAUUUCCGUACCUGAAAGACGCUCGGUGGAUUUCACCACGUUCAACAAUACCGUUUUGAAUGAGAGGGAAUACACGACUAUCGAGAUCACUGUAAAAAGCUUUGAUGUGGAUGGCGCGUUGCCAGUCUUUUUCCUAUUCGAUGUAUAUGAUAACGAUCAAAUAAUAUUGCGCCAGGCCAACCACACGAAGAGUCAUUAUCCGAAUGCCUGGAGUGAGUACCGCGGUUUCAGUGAAAUAACACUUCAGUCUGUUUAUUGGUACCGUAACGUUGUUUACCACACCUACAUCGUACCUCUAAGCCGUUUCACUAGGGGAUUGUUACUGUUACAGAUGAGAGGAGACCUUGUGUCAAAAGACGUAUACCUAACUCCACUUCUUCGGACUCCCAUGGAAAAGUGGGUCUUGGGUCAGGAUGCCCCAUACACCGGUCAAAUUUCCGAAGGGAUGCGCGCAGUGCGUGUGGUUCUCUCGCGAAACGCCAUUUUCCGUGCUGGAGACUCGCUCAGGAUUACUAUUUCUAGCGGAACUGACCGGUGCUGGUCAGACGUGGUGUGCCAGGUGAAGCAGGUAGCAACAAACAGGUAUGUGCGUACACCGAGAAUGGUGUGCAAGCAGGGAGACAAUGCUGUGGAAAUCGAAUCCGCCGAUGUGUCGGAUAGUGGAGUGUACAGCUGCACGACUUCUGCGCUGUCCUAUCCACUCAUUCGCGACCACCACGUGAUCGUCUUGCCAAGGCCUCAAGAUGUGAGCCUAUAUCUAUCGACCGAACCAAUAGACAGCGCAGACAAACUGAGUGACGCAUACCCCAAUACGGAUGCUCUUGGACGGCCGUACAUUUUGCGCUCAGCAUCACUCGUUGCGAACUGCGUCUACAAUUUGUCACGGAAUCUGGACAAUUAUAACGGUUACCGGUUCAGUCACACAUUGCGUGAGCAGAACAGAAGUGUGGACUAUGGAUCCUUGCACAACAAAACAAUCAACUACACCAGUAUGUUUACCCAGAUUCACUCCUACGAAAUUCGCGGAUUGUUCGUGCAUGGACAAAUCAGCUAUCACCAACUAGAGUGCAGUUAUCGGUACGUGCAAAACUUCGAAGUUGUGCGUCACAUUCCGCCUGUUCCGGAUGAAUGGACAGUACAGAAGUCAGCUAGAGUUGUGUGCGCCAGUUCUGGUUUGCGACCCAUCAUACUGGCUGACACAAUAUUUUCAACGUACGACCAAAUGGCUCUUGCACUGAGAAAACCUGUGAGCAGCGUAACCGACAAAACUGCAUUUACACCUAACACAAUUGGAGACCGGGUCCAUGAAGGCUACGUUUCUGGUUCGUUUAUCGGUCUGCACUACCCUGUGGACAGUUGGUUGUCUGUCUGGUUGAUCCGAAUCUCGAAUGGAAAAGUGGAAUCCUCUGUUUGUGAUGUGCAAACAAAGCGACCUGAAGUGAAUGAAACGUCACACCUGAAAUCAAACAGUGAUAUGCAGGAGCAUUGUGGGUUUUUACUUACGAAGGCGAAUUUCGAGUGCCUGCUGAUGCCUGGAACAAUUGCGAUGGUCCUCAGCGUAUUUACACGAUAUGACAGGGAGAAAACGGAGAUGCUGAUCGAAACGAAAACAAAGGCGUCACUUUCGGCGGGAUUCAUCGCCGAGCUAGGAUCCCAGAUCAAACCGUGGCCGAGGAGAUUAACACACGAGACAGGUUCGAACAGCACACAUCAGUUAGUUCGUUUCGAAGUUGGUUGGUCUGCCACAGUCAAUAGUGGGGCCACUGCGAAAAUGUUGUGGCGAUAUAAAGCUGGAUCUUUUGAACAAACGGAGUGCGUUUUUCAGGUGGUUAAAACCAGGAGGGCGGUCCCAACUCCUAGCGGUUUUACGAAAAUUCGAACAGGCAAACCUGACACAUUUUGGUUGAGCAAAUCGAAGGUGACACAGUAUGACUCAGGGCUCUAUACAUGUCGUGCGUGUGUGAACUGCACAUCGGACAUUCUGGGAGCAACACGUCGUCUGGUGGUGUUGCCAGACCCGAAAGAGAUCGAACUGAAUGUGGUGUUUGAGAAACUUGCUUCCAGACCGGACGGAAAACCGGUUUUGCUUUCAUUUCAAACUGCCGAGGUAGAGUGCAGAAUAAUGACAGCUCCAGGUUUGGAUACAAUCACCAACUUCAGCCUAGUGUAUGAGACCUACGUCAAGACAGGGCAAACUUAUGCGCCCUUACCGCACAGGCAGCUGAGGCGGAAUCUGGAGAAACUGAAAGACAGGUUCAAAACGACUUCACUAUUCCGGAUUGCUGGUGCCAAACCGGCCGAAUAUUGGGACCACACUCGUCUCACGUGCACACUAGUCUUGGAACGUUUGGUGCGUGAUCAAGCGGACCUACUACAGACCACCAAGGAAUUCAGUUUGUCGCAGUCUUCACGGUUGUACAUCAAGGAACGCUCACGAGCGGGUUCCUGCUUAACAGGGUGA